UCCACGCCUCCCCGACUCCAAAUUUUCUCCCGCCGUUUCAAACGCAUGAACGGAGAAGGCCUUGGCUCCCUCUUGCACCAAUGCUCCAAGAUCAAAGCCUAUCGCCGCGGGAUGUCUCUUCACGCUCUUGCCAUCACGUUAGGGAUGCACUCCGAUACUGUAGUCUCCAACCAUGUCCUCAACAUGUACGCGAAGUGUGGCAACAUCUCGCUCGCACGUCGGGUGUUCGAUGGAAUGCUCGAGAGAAGUCUGGUCUCUUAUUCCGCCAUGAUCUCUGGCUGCAGCCAGGCUGGGGACCAUGGGAUGGCGCUUGGACUGUUCUCUCAAAUGGGUGUUGCCCCGAAUGAGUAUGUUUACGCUUGCGCCAUCAGUUCGUGCGCCUCGCUCAAGGCAUUGCUGCAAGGGCAGCAAAUUCAUGCCCAUUCGCUGAAGUCCGGUUACGCACCCGUUUCUUUUGUUGCCAACUCUCUGAUUUCGUUGUAUAUGAAACUGGGCCUUUGUGAUGAUGCCGAGUCGGUGUAUGAAUGUGUCGCCGAACCGAAUACUGUUACUUAUAAUACGUUAAUUGCUGGUUUUGUAGAGAAUCAUCAGACCAGAAAGGGAUUUGAAGUCUUUAAGCUAAUGCAUGAACAGGGUCUUCUGCCAGACAGGUUCGCAUUUGUCGUGUUAUCAGAGAUUCCCCUUGAGUCAAAAAAUUUACAGAAGGGAAUGGCUUAUCAUUGUCUAGCAAUCAAGCUUCAACUUGACUCCUGUGCUUUUGUGGGCAAUUUGAUGAUGACAAUGUAUUCCAAGUUCAAUUUGUUUGAUUCGGUGGAGAGGGCUUUUAGAGUGAUCGAAGAUAAAGACUCCAUUUCCUGGAACACGUUAAUGACUGCUUGUAAUCAGUGCCUUGAUUAUACAAAGAGUUUGAGAAUUUUCAAGCAGCUGAAAGUUGAGUGCACUGAACUGCCUGACGACUUCAGUUACACCUGUGUGAUUACCGCUUGUGCGGAGCUUGCUUCACUUCAUCUAGGCAAACAGAUUCAUGCUCAUCUGAUUAGAACAAAGCUGUCAUGGGAUGUUGGAGUUGGUAAUGCCCUUAUCAAUCUGUACGCUAAAUGUGGUUCCCUGGAAUAUGCUUGUAGGGUAUUUUGGAGGAUGCUUUCCCGGAAUCUUGUUUCCUGGAAUACCAUGAUUUCUGUAUAUGGAAACCAUGGGCUUGGAGAGAAAGCCCUUGAAAUUUUUGAGCAGAUGCUUGCAAUGGGAGUAAGACCGGAUUCUAUCACAUUUGUAGGACUAUUGAUAGCUUGCAACCAUGCUGGGCUAGUGGACAAAGGGUUAACUUACUUUAACAUUAUGAUAGAGCAGUAUGGGGUUUCCCCUGAUUUAGAACAUUUCUCUUGCCUCAUUGAUAUGUUGGGACGGGCUGGGAGAUUAUACGAGGCAGAAGAGAUAAUUAGUGAAUAUGAUUUUGGGCAUGAUCCGGUUAUAUCAGGAAGCUUGCUUGCGGCAUGCCGGCUGCAUGGGAAUGUUGAUAUUGCGGAACGUCUAGCAAAAAGGCUUUUGAAACUACAGCCUCUGUCAACCUCACCAUAUGUACUGUUGUCAAACUUGUAUGCUUCAGGUAGGGCAUGGGUUGAUGUUGCCAAAGCAAGGAAGUUGUUGAAAGUCAGUGGACUGAAGAAAGAACCGGGCCAUAGUUUGAUUGAGGCUAAUGGGACAUUGAGAAAAUUUACUAUGGGAAAUUUUUCUCAUGCACAGGAAGAUGAGAUGAAGGAUCUACUAAGAAACUUAGAUUGGGCAAUAGGUGACAUUUAUUCAUGCCAAACCAACAUAUUCGUCUAGUCCUUAUGUAUUUCAUCUGUACUGUAGCACUGAGAGUUGCCUCCACAACAUGCCCAUGGGUGCAAAAUUUGAGGGAGCCUUUGGAGCACUUUGGAUCCACCAUUCUUUGGGAAUUUGGAAUAACAGCCUUAGGAGUGGAGUGAUAAGUCUGGUAGCAUUGGUGAAGAACAAGAUGAAGAGCGGAGGGAGAGGGGAUCGACAGGCCUCUGGAUUUGUGGAUUUAGGCUUCUGCUUUUUCAGGUGUAGCACCUGAAAUUUCCUUGGGUUUUGGUGUAUUGCAGCAAAGAGGAAUAAUAAUAUACUGAGAUAAUGACAUAUCCCUUAAUGGGUAAGUUGUCCUUUCCCGCAUAGAGUAGUAGGUCAUUGUUCUAUGUUGUUCUUAUUGUUUUAUUGCCACAAGUACUUCAGGCUUUUGAAUGCUUCAUAUUCCCUGAUAUUGCAAAGCUAGACAACUUAAUGAGCGUCAUCAUCAUCUACUUGAAAAUACCAGAAGCAUUUGGUGACUGGCGAUCAUUUUGGGAUUACUGAUCUAUCCUUGGAUUACUCCAUCAUCCUUUACAACUUGGAUGGUCUUUUAUACCUUUUCCAAUCCUUUAGACGUUGCUUAUGGUGAUUGGUUAUUUAGUGACCCAAUCUUGAUGAAAUUUACUGCAUGAAAAAGUUGGAAAGCUCCGCUAGACGAGGUUAUGGGCAGUAAUCAACACAGUGCUUCUGGCUUAAACCAAAUAGUUGCAGUAGGCUGCUUUUUGAUCAUCUUUGUUUGGUUCUGUUAUCACCCAAUGCAGAUGGAGCUUUUGCAUAUUUCACUUAUAAUCUGGAGCUGCUUUUCAUGGUUCAUUGUUGUUUUUCAAGGAAGCAGACCACUAAUCAGGGAAGAAUUGAUGAUCAAGGUACUCCAUCACAAUUCGCUGGCUUCUAUCUUUUAAUUAUGAGGAGAGUGUACAUGGCUUCAGAGAUUUUUUGAAGCGCCACUGGGUGAAGUCCUCGAAUCUAAAGUGAAGCUGGUGAGGAGUCAUCUCUGUAACAUAGGUCAUGAAGGCAGCCAUAUUUUGGAUGGUUUGAUAAUUGCAUUGUGGUAUGUCAAUUAAUCAUACCUUUCCCAGUUGUAUCUGUGAUUUCAAAUAGUAGUGUCAUCCCGUUCACCAUUGGUUAACAGAAUGUCUAACUCUAACAAGCUGAAAAACACAUGCCUAAAGGUGUAAUGCAUUGUUAUUGGACGGGGAGGAUGUACAGAUAAUGGCAUCAAUCAGUUCAAGCUU